AGCGAUUCAAAUCUAAAUAUAAAUAAAUAACAAUCUUCCAGCAUGGAUGUUCCUGGAUCUGGAAACUACACGUCCACCGUUGCAGCUGAAGUUACGAUUGCGUCGGAGGGUCAUUGGAUAAUAAGUUUAAUCCUGAGUUUUGUCGUCAUACUGGCAAAUUUGUGGAUUGCGAUUGCUUUUAUUCAUCACGUGAUUACAAGUAAUGUUUUAAGGAAAAAGAAAUCAAGAAGAGAUGUGAAUGGUGGUCUUGUUAUGAUCUUGGCUAUCGCUUCAGUCACAGUUCCAUUCUUUCGUUAUGCCGGAACUUUGUUCCUACUUUUCGUGAGUUUGUACCCUGAAUAUAGGAAUGGAUGCGAACUUGCAAAUGAUUUGUGUGUAGCAGGAUUCGGACUAGCAGUGCUACCGACUUACGGUUUUUUAUGGGCACGUCAGAGAGCUUUCUAUGGACACCCAUCCCUAGGACACAUGUUUGGAACUUGUGUUGGAGUUUUCAGCAAAGUCAGUCUCGUUUUAAUAAUUCUAUCUGCUGUUGUUUCAUUAACGAUUGGAAUUUAUCCUGUUGAAUACGAGCCUCGUCCUGAAGGGGGGUGUGAACUGAUAGGAGGAUUAGAAGAAGACGAAUACCGAACCUAUGUUUACGCAAUUGUUAUGAUCUCAUCCCAACUAGUAUUGCUUGGAUUAUUCCUACAUCCAAUUCGCAUACAUGCUCAAAGCCAAAAAGGAAUCGAAUCUUCUGGAUAUUCAACUAAAAGCGAAAUGAGCGAAAGAUCUAGUGAAGGAUUCUCUGAUACAUCUGACCCGUCAGCAACAAUAACGAACAAAAACGGCUCAAUCACUACCACAGAGGAAAAGCUUCCACUCAGUACAAUAAGCAAUUAUGACGAUGUCGUACAGAACGGACACCCAAAACAAAAUCGUUCGGCGAGUUUGCCGUCGAAUAACAACAUCAAACUGCCAGCAGAAAAUCACACUCAGGGUUCCACAGAUUUGCUUGAAAUCCCCGAAAAUGAUAUAUCUGAUGUAAAACGAAGCCGUUCGGCCACUGUUAAAAUUGAAUUAAAAAACCCAAAUCUUGGAACGCCUAUUACGACGCGCAGAAAGCAAGCAAAGUCACCGAGUAUCGUCCCAAAUGCCGUUGCCAGAUUGAAAAACCGUGUCCGCCGUUCUACGGUGCGCACAAAGAAAGUUUAUCGCUUGAUCAGACGAAUCUUGUACUUGGCAUUGAUUUCAAUCUCCUCCGAUCUUACUGUUAUGAUCAUCAAUGCUUUUGUUGUACCUGAUGACAUUCCUCAGACGUACGCUUUUGUAAUGUAUGAUUGCAACAUUCUUAUUAAUGUCAUUACCGUCGUUUUGUCGUUUGAAAACUGGAGAAAAAUGAUGCUCUCGCCAUGUUCGAAAAAGGUAAAGAAAUAAAUGGACAAAAACUGCAAUGUACACUUCAGUUCAUAACGGAUGUGAGAUCAUUCGUAAAUGCGGUUGCAAAAUUGCAAUUCAUGGGGAACGAAUUUGCUGCGAAAUUAAAGUUGACCAUUGAUUUCUUUCUGCCUCAGCAGAAAUCAUUUUGCAUGCUAUAAAUAAUUUAUUUUGAAUAAUUUCAUUAUUUUUAAUUCAUGAUGCAGAAAUUGUAACUAAAAUCGGUAAUUUUCAGUAUAAAUUUAAAUAAACGCAGUAUUAUCAAAUUUACUUAGUUUGCCCAGGCUCGAUGCUUCGACAUUUAUUGGAAAAUAAAAAUCAACGAUUGUAACAUUUUGCUUCCCGCUGGGAAUCAUCACGCAAAUAAUUUUCGUGAUUAUGCGUUGUGGUCUAUAGUGUUUCUCAGGUUGUUAUAUUUUUUGUUUUGAAGCAAAAAACAACGCAACCCACUGCAUAUUUUAGUCUUACUUUUCUUAUCCGCAACACAAUUAAUUCUUCUGUAGAGCCAUAAAUAGG